CCUUUCAGUUUUAUUAAUCUUUAUUAUUAUUACAAUAAAAACCAAAAGAAAAUGCGUCUACCGUUAGAUCAAUAAAUCAUCACAAUCCAACGGUUCUUGUUUCUUUCUCUCUCACAAGACAACCUCAAACACUCGGUAAGAGAGAGAAAGAGAAAGAACACAAAGAAAAGAACAUGUUCUGUUCUUUUACAUAAUGAUGUUCUGUUCAUCAAAAUCCACUUUUUUUAUCGACCCAUGAUUACAAUCUUCAUCUUCCUUCUCUUAUUUUCCUUUUCUUCUUCAUAAAAUUUUUCCCAGAAAAAAAUACGAAGGAAAAAGAAGAAAAUUGAAGAGAGAGGGAGAGAAAUACCUAGAUAAAAAAACUUCGAAAUUUUCGAUUUUGAAAUCUGGGUAUUUCUUAAUUUUUGAUUUUGAAAUCUGGGUAUGUUCUAGUUUUUUAUUUGGUUGAUUAUUUUUGGUUAUAAUGGAUUUGGAUAGUAUUGAGUGUGUUUCAUCUUCUGAUGGAAUGGAUGAAGAUGAGAUCCAACAUCGUAUUCUUCAUCCACAUCAUCAACAACAUCAUCAUCACUCUGAGUUUUCUUCAUUAAAACCUCGUAGUGGAGGAAACAAUAAUCAUGGUGUUAUUGGUUCUACUGCUAUUGCUCCUGCUACAAGUGUUCAUGAGUUGUUGGAAUGUCCUGUUUGUACCAAUUCAAUGUAUCCUCCAAUUCAUCAGUGCCACAACGGUCACACAUUGUGUUCCACAUGUAAAACAAGGGUGCACAAUCGAUGUCCGACCUGUAGACAAGAGCUUGGAGAUAUUAGGUGUCUGGCACUGGAAAAGGUUGCUGAAUCACUCGAGUUACCAUGCAAAUACUACUCUCUUGGAUGUCCAGAAAUCUUUCCAUACUACAGCAAGCUGAAGCAUGAGACAAUAUGCAAUUUUAGACCAUACACUUGUCCUUAUGCUGGAUCAGAGUGCUCUGCUGUUGGCGAUAUUAAUUUCCUUGUUGCACAUUUGAGGGACGAUCAUAAGGUGGACAUGCACACAGGAUGCACAUUCAACCAUCGUUAUGUGAAGUCAAAUCCGCGUGAAGUAGAGAAUGCUACUUGGAUGCUCACUGUAUUUCAUUGUUUUGGCCAAUACUUCUGCCUUCACUUUGAAGCUUUCCAGCUAGGCAUGGCUCCGGUUUACAUGGCAUUCCUUCGUUUCAUGGGAGACGAGAACGAGGCUCGGAACUAUACCUAUAGCCUCGAGGUUGGAGCAAAUGGAAGAAAACUCAUUUGGGAGGGUACACCACGGAGUAUUCGUGAUAGCCACCGUAAAGUUCGAGAUAGUCACGACGGCCUCAUAAUUCAACGAAAUAUGGCCCUAUUUUUCUCUGGUGGUGAUAGGAAGGAACUGAAAUUAAGAGUCACAGGAAGAAUAUGGAAAGAACAACAGAAUCCAGAUGGUGGGGUGUGUAUACCAAAUCUUUGCAGCUGAUGUGACUUUUGUUGUUAUCUGUGUGUGCUGUAUAUCUACAUUACACUACACCAACUUUGUGUAUGUUGUAAUAGAGUAAGACACCAAGAUGAUGGCUUUGAAAUUUUCAGUUUUUGUUAAAGUUGUGUAAUAAACAAGAUUUGGAACUGGGAUUUGUCUCAAAAUUUUUAUUAUGGGAUUAAAGUGGUUUACCCUUGAGAAAAAA